UCUCUUUUACAUCAAUUUAUCGCGUGAUGUGUUUUGGUUUUGUAUAAGUUUAUUUUUUAUCCACACACAACUAACUGUUGUUAACGAUGGUAUAUUGAGAUCGCGGCGAAAAUGGAGAUUGCUAAGGCAAGCGAGGCGCCCAAGAUGCUUCCCAUGGUGAUGUGUGGAGACCACUCCUCGUUCACCAAGUCCGAAGUGACGAGCAAGGAGUCUCGCCUGGACGCCGACAAGUCGCGGGAGAAGUUCAACACUUCCUACUCGAGGCUGUCUCCCACGCCAUCGCACACCCGCGCGGACCAAUCAGCUAAGGGUUUGCGCACGUCGUCAGAUCACGCGCUGCGAUUGGCUGAAGCAAGACGACGGGGUACCUCGCUUGAUGCAAUGCAAACAGGGGACGCACUCAAUGCACCGGGCAACCGCGCGCUAAUUCAAGCGGCCCUCGGCAGUUUUCACUGGCCCCCCUACCUGCUCGCGGUGUGGGUGUUGGUUCUGCUGCUGACCCACCUCCUCCAUUGUGUGGUUAAUAUGCUGGAGAAGUCGCUGCCUAAGAUCAGAAACGCCUGCCAAUACCUGCGCACCCACGUAGAAGAGUCCUGGACCUCUCCCGAACAGCAGAACAAACUGUACCCCAUUGUACUCGGCCUCGCCACCUGUCUCCUGUACUCAGUGUACUCACUACUGUACUCAGUCCUCGCGGUGUGUGCGUGGGCGGUGCGGCCGCUGUGCGCGGAGGAAGAUGCGCAGAGUGUGGAGGGGCAGGAUGAGGAGAAACGACGGUAGUUGUGUGUGUGGGUUUUUCGGUGAAUAUAUUUUUGUGAGAUGGGUU